UCUAGAGAGAGGAGGGCAAACUGGAUCUAAUCAGGGUAGAAAAAUAAGGGAAAGGCCCAGGUGCACAACUCCUUAUGUGGAGAAGGAUAUGAGAGUUCGUAGUGUGAAAAACAAACGCCUUACAGGUCCUCAAUUGGCUUCUUCAUUAAAUAAACACAAAAUCCCAGUGUCUUCAGCAACAGAGAAAAGACGACUCUAUUGAUGCCGUCGAAUGCCAAUAUAUAAUGUGACGUUACAUAAAGUUUUUUUCACCCACUUUUAAGCGAUAUUCACUCUUGGUUGUUUCCGGACGACAUAUAGAUUAUACGUCUGACUUCAGCGAGACUCGUCAAACAGAGAAAGAUUCUCCGCCCAGAUGCUACUACUCCCGGACUAGAAUGAAUCCAUGCUGCCAUCUGUUGACAAUAAUGUGUACUACAGCAGGCUUGUCGCUCCCGAGUGUUCCUAUUGCGGUUUGCACACACGAGUCGUUACUCCUACAGUCUGCUGCUAGAAGAACAGGAGCUGAAGAGGUUCAUUCAGCGGGUGUCGCGUGUUCUGUGUAAGCAGAACGCUCGUUCGGUUCUGUUUGAAAAAGGACACGCUCUAUUUUUCAAGAUGUCGUAUAUGCUUCCUCAUCUACACAAUGGUUGGCAGGUGGACCAAGCAAUUCUAUCAGAAGAGGACAGAGUAGUGGUGAUUCGAUUUGGCCAUGAUUGGGAUCCUACCUGCAUGAAAAUGGAUGAGGUGUUGUAUAAUAUUGCAGAGAAGGUGAAAAAUUUUGCAGUUAUUUAUUUGGUGGAUAUAACAGAGGUGCCCGACUUUAACAAGAUGUAUGAAUUGUAUGACCCUUGUACAGUAAUGUUUUUCUUUAGGAACAAACAUAUCAUGAUUGAUUUGGGCACUGGAAACAACAACAAAAUUAACUGGCCAAUGGAGGACAACCAAGAGAUGAUCGAUAUUGUCGAGACAGUUUACAGAGGGGCACGCAAAGGCCGAGGUCUUGUAGUGUCACCCAAGGACUACUCGACUAAAUACAGAUACUGAAUCUCUAAGCCAUCUUUGUUUAGCAGGACCUUUUUUUUUUUUGUUUCUGUGUUUUAAUAUUUAAGACUACAAGCCACUGUGACUGUUUUUGUACAGAAAGGAAAAAAAAAAACACUUACUUUGGAGAAUCUCGGAUCAGCAGAGCUUUCUUCCCAUUUGUUUUUGGUUUACAAUUAACGUUUGCCCCUUCAAAGCUGCCAGAUUCUGCAUAGUUAGUUUUGUAUCCAUCAUUGGUGGAUUUUGGACUGAAAUGUCCCUGUCAGUAAAUGUGUGAAUGAAGUUUUGUUUUAUUCAUUGGUUAGUGCCCUGAUCCAUACAUGUACUUUGGUUUUCAUUGUAUAUUGAAAUUUGCUACUCGUAGAAAAUGUUUUUUUUGAUUAUGGAUUGCUACCCUAAAACUACUGAAACUAAAAUGUUGAAUUAAGCAUAGUUUUAUACUCAUCCAUAGAAUUCUUUAUGUAAAACCUGGAGCUUUUUUAUCAUUGUGAUAUAAUAGUGGUCACAUUUAUACCCUUGGAAGGCAAUUUUAUAAUUAGGAAUUCAAAAUCAAGUUGCCAAUUCAGCUGGCAAUAAUUACCUUUUUUGUGUAUAAAAUACAUUUCUUUUACAAAUUUUCAAUUAAAAAUAUUUAAACUUUUACACAA